UUAUUAUUUUUUUUUUUGUGUUAAACUAUGUUGUGUGUCAUCAUCUGGUCGUCAGAGUGACGUUUUCGCAUUUGGUAUUGUCCUGGUGUGAAAACAGCUUAAGAUCCACUCCAUUCAUGAUGUUGACAUUUGGUAUAUGGUGGAGGUUUUAUCAUUUAUGUUUUCGGGAUUUCCACCUGAAAAAGGAGAAGGCAAAAUAAAACAAAUUCUCUUGGGAAAAAAAAUAAAUAAAAAAGGAGGUUAACUGGGGUUAAACUUGUUUACAUGUUGGGGAGCAUGUCGUAUUAUAGAUAACAAGUGAUGCGCAUGGAUAUAAAUAUUUGUAAAGUAAAAUGUCAAGCUAAAUAUAAACAAAUAAAAGAGUUGGCCAUUUUAGCAUUCAAAUUUUGUGUGAAACCCUUUUGUAACAAACAGUAUAAAACCCACCGAAACAUUUUGUCUGCCAGCAAAAGCUAAGUUUAAAAUUCUUGGGUAUCUAAAAUCCUAUGGUAAUGGGACGAUGUAUAUUUUCCCACUGAAAUAUUUACCCAUCCAGCAAACGCCUCUACCAAAAGGUUUAAUCAGUUUCUUUUACCCCAAAAAAAAAAAAAAAAAAAAAAAUUGAUUUAAUCAGUUUCCUAUAGGCAUAGGUAUUAUACUUGUACCUAGUGCUAGGGGUGAACCUAGAUAGCAAAUUCUCGUCAAAAAAGAGAUCUAACACAUGAUUUUAAUUCCAUCAAUCUAGUCUUUCUUUUGCUACCAAGAAUCCCACUUCUCUUUAUCCGAGGGAAGUUCUCUGACUUUUGUAUAUCAGAUGGGUCGGAGUGCAUGACGAUUUUGUUUGAAAGAAAAUAAAAAAGAAAAAACCUUGGUUAUGUAGCUUUCAUGGUUGCAUAAUAUGUUAUAUGUCCCAUGCAAUUGCAAAAGAAAGGAAUUUCUUCUUAACGAGGCCAUCCAGAAUAAAAGAAAUACUAAACCCAAAAACCUCAUCUUGCGGCUGAAAAUUUCCAUCAAAGCAAACGUUAACUUGGUGGACUUGUAUUGUAUCUCCAUGCUACACAAUACCCUCCCUCCCUCCCUCAUUCUUCAAAUUACAAAUAUCCAAUGAUUUCUCCUUUGCCAUUCUCACCACCAUUUUCCGUACCAUAUUAGAGAAAAAGGCAAAAAAUAAAACAAAAACAAAACUACCUGAAUCCUACUUUACCCCAUGCAGCUGAUAACAACCCGACCUAUCCCUUUUUUUUCAUUAUUCAUUGCAAUUUCAUUCCUCUUCUCUUUUUCCUUGUCCUACUCUAACACUUUCACCAUCAUAAACAACUGCCCUCAUACCAUAUGGCCUGGUACAUUGGCUGGUUCAGGAACUCCUCAACUUCCAACAACUGGGCUUCAAUUGGAUUCAGGACAAAGUAUCAGGAUUCCUUCUGUUCCAGGUUGGUCAGGAAGAAUAUGGGCAAGAACUGGUUGCUCAUUUGAUGAGUCAGGGAUAGGAAAAUGCCAAACAGGUGAUUGUGGAGGAAGGCUGCAAUGUGAUGGAAAUGGAGCCACCCCACCUGCAUCACUCUUUGAGAUAACCCUUGGCAAAGGCACUGACAAAGAUUUCUAUGAUGUCAGCCUCGUUGACGGCUACAAUCUUCCCCUCAUCGCCUCACCUCAUGGCGCUCACGGUGUCUGCAAUGUUACUGGCUGCGCUUUAGAUAUCAAUACUGGGUGCCCAAAAGAGCUUCAAGUGGUGGGUGGAGAAGGUGGAGAUGGAGGGGGUGUGGUUGCUUGCAAGAGUGCUUGUGAGGCAUUUGGGUUAGACCAGUAUUGCUGCAGUGGGGAGUUUGCUAACCCAACGACUUGCAGGCCCUCUUUCUAUUCAACUAUUUUCAAGAGAGCCUGUCCAAGAGCUUAUAGCUAUGCUUAUGAUGAUGGAACCAGCACUUUCACUUGCAAGGCUUAUGAAUAUUCCCUUGUUUUCUGUCCUAAAGUUAAUGGUAUAAGAAAACCUGAUAGUACAUUGUCUCCUCCAACAAUACAAGAGCCUCCUCCAACUCCAAUAUUUCAAGAGCCUCCUCCAACUCCAACAUACCAAGAGGCCCCUGCAACUCCAACAUUUCAAGAGCCCCCUCCAACCCCAGCAUUUCAAGAGCCCCCGGCAACUCCAACAUUUCAAGAGCCCCCUCCAACCCCAACAUUUCAAGAGCCCCCUCCAACUCCAGUAUUCCAAGAACCCCCUCCAACCCCAGCAUCUCAAGAGCCCCCUCCAACAAUACCAUUUGCCCCCAGAGGUGAGGAAUAUCUUGCAAAUGUUUCCUCUUCUAGCAUGCUCUUACCAGUUCCAACGCUGUUCAUUCUUCUGAUCCUCAACGUGAUUUCUUCAGCAUAUCUGGCAAAUCAGGAACCAUGAACCUCAAAUGGCUAUGAAAAAGAGAACCUUACCAUAUGGCUUUGAUGGAUGGAAAUCUUAUUAGAGUUGAUCUCCUUGGAAACAGGAGCAGCUAAGAACCAACAAGAAAGAAAACAGAGAGAUUUAUCUUGAAGAGGAAUUGGAAAUGUACUAUUCCAAACACACAAAAUUAACCACAGAUGUGUGCUUCAUCAUUAAAUUACUUAGUCAUAUAUUCAACUUAGCAUUAUUCUGGUAGACAAUGUAAAUAUUGCAAGUAAUGCAAAGAACUAAAGAUUAUACA